AUGCCUCAUGCAACGGAGCAAAAAGACAGAGAUCGUCACAUAGCAACCCAGGAAAAAGAAGACGGCAAAGACUCUUUGGCUCUGUUGCCUGGCAUUUCUAAAGAAACAUUGCAGGAGUUGAAAAACCUGUUGAGAGAGAGCCCACUGCUGAAUAUGAGGGCCAGGAACCGUGGUAAAGCUGGCAAAACCAUCUCCCAUACGCUGCUACUGAAGCCUAGUAGAUGCCCGGAAACGGCUCCUCCUCAUCUGAGGGGAGAUGACAAGGCAGUCCCUGCGGUGCACAUGCAUGCAGCAGGGCAGGAAGACAAGCCACAGCUGCUCCUCAGCUCUGGCGGGCUGGAGAACGAGCAAGCCAAAGUUGAGGCAACGCAGCAUCCUGCUGAGGAGCAACAGACACCUUCCCCAAGUGUGGGCAGUGCUCCAGGCGCUACAUUUCAGCGCAUGCCUGAAGAUCACAGAAGAGAUUCUGGUGUAAAACAUCCUGGCUUUCCCAUCCCUCUUUACUUGGUCUCUGAAAUCGAACGCAUUGAAGAACAGAUCGCCCGGGACAACAUACAUUUUGUCAGAUUUGAAGCAACCGACCUUCAUGGCGUGUCCAGGUCAAAGACCAUUCCUUCUCGGUUUUUCCAGACCAAAGCUAUCCAUGGUGUUGCCAUGCCUAGAGGCCAUCUUGAACUGACCCUGAAUCCGAAGGAUAAUGAAAUAAACCACAUAAGUGCAAGUAAUUUCAACUGUGAUAUAAUCCUGAGUCCGGAAUUAUCAACCUUUCGGGUUUUACCAUGGACUGAACACAUGGCGAGGGUGAUAUGUGACUCCUUCACUGUAAUAGGGAAGCCCCUGUUGACUUCGCCCAGGUACAUUGCCAAGCAACAGCUGAGACAGCUCCAGGAGAGCGGCUUGGCGCUAUACUCCGCCUUCUCUUACGAGUUCUGUAUUUACGGCAUUGCCGAAAUGGUCAAUUCAAAGACAAUAUCUUUUCCUGCUGCAACCCUACUAAACAACCACAACCAGUCUUUCAUUCAGGAACUCAUUGAUGGGAUGUAUCAUACUGGGGCAAAUAUUGAGAGCUUCUCCUCUUCCACCGGGCCUGGGCAAAUGGAGGUCUCUUUUCACCCAGAGUUUGGCCUGGGUGCAGCGGAUAGCGCUUUCACUUUCCGAACGGGCAUUAAAGAAGUGGCCAAAAAGUACAGCUAUAUCGCCAGCUUUUUCACCGAGAACGGAUUCUGCAACUCAGGCAUCCUCUCCCAUAGCCUUUGGGACAAUGCUGGGCAGAGUAACUUGUUUUCUACAGUUUCAGAUCCCCCAGAAUUCUCCAGUACAGGGAAGAAUUGGCUUGCUGGACUCCUGGAGCAUUCUGCAGCUCUCAGCUGUCUAAUGGCUCCGACUCUUGGCUGCCGUAAACGCUACAGCGCCUACAGCAGGGGUUCAAAGGAGAGAACCUUUGCCAAGUGGUCCUGCAAUGACAACAAUUGUGCUUUUAACAUCAAGGGUCAUGGGGAAAAGGGAACUCAGAUAGAAAACAAGCUGGGCUCAGCCGCAGCAAAUCCUUACCUGGUGCUGUCUGCGACAAUUGCCGCGGGCCUGGAUGGCAUAAGGAGAGAACUCAGUUUCCAGGAGCCACUGGAGGAGAGCCAGAGUUCUGCUCGCUUUGGAGCUGCCACAAUCCCACUGAAACUGGAAGAUGCACUUGUCGCGCUUCAGGAAGAUGAGUGCAUCAGGGAAGCUCUCGGUAACAACUUUGUCCGGUAUUUUGUGGCCAUGAAACAGUAUGAGAUGGAAACGGAAGCAAUGGAUGUGGAAAGGAAUAAAUUCUUGGAAUAUUUUAUCUGA